UUGGCUCAGUGGGGCGGGGUCACACGUGCCGUGUGACGGUGAGGUGACUACAAAUGUCAUCCGCAAGUUUGAGUAACUCACCAUCGACCUCCUCUGGGCGAGCAGAGGAGACCGAGUUCGUUGUGGAAGAGGUGGAGGUUCACGUUGAAGAGGAUGAGGCGGACGAUGCCGGAAAGUCCGUAGAGGAGGAGGAGAUCUUCGACGAGUGUUUGGAGAAGUACCAGGCAGUGCAGGAGAACUGCCUCGAGGAGAUGCGCCUGCCGCUGGAUGUGGUCGACGCGGUGAAGCAGGCUUGGAGCCAGUUCGUCUCCACGCAGUCCAGCAGGGAUGCCGCAGGCGAGGCCAUCUACGCGGCGCUCUUCGACUCCGCGCCGACGCUGCAGAACCUCUUCAUGACGCCAAGGUCAGUCAUGGCUUUGCGCUUCAUGAACGGCAUUGUGUGCAUCAUCAUGGCCUCGCACGACCCCGCGGCGCUGAAGAUGGAGGUCGAAUCCAUCGGCUUCCGGCAUUUGGAGCGUGAGCUCACGGCUUCGCGGGUGGCGGUCUUCAGGGAGGCCAUCGUGGAGCUCUUGGACAUGGAGCUGCCAAAUGGCCUGACCUCGAAGGCGAAGAUGGGGCUGCAGGCCAUUCUCAACUACGCGGGCGGGGCCUUCAUUUAUAUCCGUCAGAACUACUUGGCGCGGGUGAAGGUCAUCCAACGGAGCUGGCGGAUCGCCAACAACAAGGGCGCGGUGGAGGAGGAGGACGCGAAGAGCGCGGAGUCCGAGCAGCAGCAGCAGCAGCCUUCCAACUCCCGAGACUUCCUGCAGAAGUCCUUGGAGGAGACCGUCUCAGGACGGGCAGAAGGCCGAAAGGAUUCCAGGCGCUCGGACGGCUCGAAAAACACCUCCGCCACGGAGCUCAAGGUGCCGACGACCUUCAACGAGAUGUUCCUCUUCAACGCCGCGGUCAUGGGCUUCAGCUCUUCCGGAUCUUGGAUGCACAACAUCCUGGAGCAAUUCGACGGCAUUGUGACCAAUGUGGCCAACUCUUACCGCCUGCAAGAGGAGUGCGACGUGCUAUCGCUGGUGCUGGCACGGCAUUCAGGCUCCAUCAAGCUUUCAGAGUUCAAGGCCGUGAUGCUGGCCUCACUGCGGUCCCUGGUGCCCAAGGAGUGGGACUCCAAUCAUGAAGUAGCCUGGAACUGGCUCUGGGAGAACGUGGAGCGCAUGCUGCGCAUGCAGAUCUGCAAGCCUCAGGCCUUCGAAGCAGCGCUGGAGCGUUUCGUCAUGAGCCUGGACGAGACCCUCCUGCUGCACUUGCGGAAGGGCAUCUACCAGGAGUUCUUCUCUAUGGCGCCCUCAGGGCAGGACUACUUCAAGCAGUCCACCACCCGGCUGUACUUCAUAGCAGACCGGAUCAUCGAGAUGACCAUGGAGAUCUUUCGGAACCCCCGGCAGAUGGUCGAGGACAUCUCCGCCUUGGGCCUCCGCCAUGUGGGCUACGAAGUGCCUUCCGAACUCUUCUCCCCCUUCGUCAAUGCGGCGGUGGAGGUCAUGAGCGGCAUGACCAAGGACGAGACGGCCACCAGCGCCUUCCGGUGGUCCCUGACGCUGGUCUCCAAGAUCCUGGUGCGCACGCAGCUCGAAGGCUCCACCAUCGUCAUGAAAGCCAUCAACACGAACCAGGAGAAGGCGUUGCGGAAGGCCAUCGCCGUGUCUCCCCGGGGGCAGCGGGCGUUGGAGCUGCUGGAGAUUCGCGUCGGCACUCAGACCAUCUCCCCUCUGUACUGGGCCCUGGAGAGCGGCAGCCUGCUCUCAGCCAAGGCCAUGAUCCACGAUCUGCUGACGAUUCGCGCUGAUCGGGACAACUACUAUUACGGCUGCGACGACCUCUUCCGGCGCCACCCGAAGGUGGUGCAGAAGCUCUGCCAAGAGUCCCCCACGAUGUUGCCGCACCUCAUGGAUGGCCUGCUCUGGCGGUCCCGCGUGGCCGGUCAAGGAAAGCGACGGGUGAACUACUACGUCAAGCAUCUUCUGCAAGACGAGGAGGGCGGUUUCAACCAGGCCUUGGAGUGGCUGGUGGAGCUGAAGGAUCCGAAAGUCAUCAGCCACCCCGUGGUUGCGCUCUUCGCUGACAUUUUGUGGAGCAGGCUGGCGAUCCACUACUUCCUCUUCGGGCGGCUGUACUUCUUAUUCACGCUUUGCGUCUUUGCGGCCAGCCAAGCCAUUCUACCGCACGGCGACCAGCCGUCAACUGUGCAGGAGAAUGUGGCGGUUUUUGCCCUCCGCUGCUUCAUCUACCUGGGCAGCAUGUGUCAAUUGCUUGUCCGACAGCUGAAGAUGCUCUGGCGGGACGUGAAGACUGGGGCCAUUGAAAGGACCUGGGGAGUGCCUUUGCCGGAGCAUCUCUGUGCGCAGGAGCUCGGGAACAUCGCUCUGUUUUGGACCCUGCUGUUGAUGUGCAUUCAAGAGCCGAUCUUCUGGUGCCUCAGCAACAUGCACGGCGACUUCCCUGGGGCAGGGCUCUUCACCAGCGCCUGCCCGGCGGGCAAGGAGCACUCGGAGGCCUACGCGGUCUUCUCCUGCAUUGCCAUGCUCCUCUACUGCGCUUUGGUGCUGGACCUCAGCAUCAUCUCCAUGCGGAUCUCCGCCUUCGUGCUGGUCUGUGGCUCCGUGAUGGCGGAGGUGGGUCUCUUCCUGAUGGCUGCGGCCUUCUUGAUCGUGUCCUUCGCGCUGUCGAUCAGUACGCUGUCACAGCAGGCUGCUGCCUUCCAAGGAUUUGACCAUGCGGCCUACUCACUCUUCGCCAUGAUGCUCGGACUAUACCCAUCAGACCAGCUGGUAGACGUGCAGGCCUAUAUGGGCAUCAUGAUCGUCGUCUCCAUGUUCAUCAUCGCCGUGGUGAUUUUCUUAUUGAAUCUGCUGGUGGCGCAGCUGAACCAAGCCUAUCAGAUCAUCUUUCCGGACAUGCAGGGCUACGCGCGUCUGACACGCGCGGGCGUCGUGGUGUCAGCUGUGGAGCAAGUCUCGCACUCCCGAUGGGCGCGGUUUCUGCAGUCCCUGCACCUCGAUGAGCGCUUGGAGUUCAACGAGGGCGACGUGGGCCUGGCAGGCGGCAUCCAGGUGAACGAGCCCUCCUGGGCACAUCCCACGACCGUCGACUCCAUCCGGCGCUUUGGUGGGUCAACUGCUACCAACAUGCCGUGGCCGGAGGAGGACAAUCUCCUCACCGAUGAGGACCGCUUCGAUCGCCUCGAGAAGCUGAUGAUCAAAUGCAACAAGAGCAAGAACAAGAAGAAGCGGCACAUGAGCGGCGUGAGCAGCGGUGACGUUUCCAAGACCUCCGGAUCUGGCGGAGGCUCCUGGAGCUCCAACUCCAGCGACUCCCAUGACAGCUCGGAGCGCUGAGGAGUUGCCGGAACACGGGGAGACUCUGAGUCAUAUUUCAGUGGGGGGUCCUUUCAGACCAAACUGCCCCAAGAGCCGCGGCUCAGCCGCAGCUCAAUUGCACUUUUCGUCGCUGCAAAAUUGUAAGCCCGAAAGCGGUUUGGGCCCGAAGGUGCGUGGAAGAGGAUUCCCCACCUGCAGAGAAAUUGCAAAGAACGAGUCGGCAGCU